GCUCCUUUUGGCAAUAGGUAGUGACGCACUCUUUGUUUCUGAAGGCAGACGACAGGCAGAGGAAGAGAGGAAAGGACAAGAGUAAGAAGGGAAAAGAGAGAGAGAGAGAGAGAGAGAGAGAGAAGAGAGAGAGAGAGAGAGGAAGUACGAGGAACGGAUAGGACACAGUCGGACAAGAAGGUAAAGAGAAAGGAGAGGAGAGAGGGUGAAGAUCGCGCUAGAGGCGAAGAGAAAGCACGCAACAAGGGUAAGAAAGAACGAGAGACUAUGAGGAUGAGAGGGUGUGACUGAAAGAAAGAAGACAGCGAGCGUGUGCGUGCGUGUGUGCGCGGAGCAUCGACGAUAAGGAGGAAUCGGUGGUGGAAGACGGCGGGGACAGAUAAAUCGAAAGAGAGACACGUCGUCCGGCUGGGCUUCCCGAAGAGCCCGAUCCGUCCCGUAUCUCGAGCACCGGGUGAGCACAUCCCUCUGCGCUCGGCCCUGCGGCGAGCGCGCUUCCGGUGGCGGUGUUCGCGCGCGCGAGGGAUGAUGACGCGCGGUGGUGGUCUAGAGGAGCGUCGUGAAGCGCGUUACUCGCAACGAAGCCGCGCGUAAUACGUACACGUCGUCAUGGCAGAACGGAGGUGACCGGAUGCCGGGCGGUGCAGUGAUUCGAUUGAUUCGCUGAAGAGUGUUCGUGGCUUCCACCGAACUUCCGAGUGCCGCGUUAAGUGCGCGUACGUGUGCGUGCGUGUGCCUCACUUGCGUGUAAUACAUGCGUGCGUCCGUGUAACGUGCGUGCUCUCUCGUGAGCGAGUCGCUAGACGGUCAGAUUCAGACUGUACACCGCAGUACACAAUCAGUGGUAAGGCGCGCUUGUGUACAUACGACUCGCGAGAGAAGAAAGGAAGGAAGGAAGGAAAGACGGAAAGAAGAGGGAGGAAAGAAGCAAGAGAAGCAGUCAAGUCUCGAUUGGCCACCGAGCUGGUGGUCCAGCCAAGUGAGAGCAUCGUCGUCGUCACCAUCGUCAUCAGCCCCAUCUACGCGCUGUCGCAUUUCAAUCAGCGCAGCGCAGAGGAAGCGGCGGCCGGACGCGCGCCCGCUUCACCACGGGCCUUUCUUGGAUUCCCGGGGCGGGCAGGAAAUCGCAGGGUGUGAUCGCGAUAUUGGAAGAAAGACAGAGAGAGAAGACGAAGCGACGAGGCGGACGAGCGUCCGGAGACUGCGGCGGCGAGGCGCUCGACGAGGAGUGACGAGGAACGACGGCGGCGACGGCGGCGGCGGCAGCGGCGACUCUCGAUCGGCCGCGGGAGGAGGUGGAGCAGCGACUCCGACGAAGAUGAUGUUCGGUAGGGUCAGAAGAGAGGAGGUCUUCUCCGGCAAUGGCUGAUCGCUGUGGCCGCGAUGCCCGCGGCGUUCGAGCCGCUCUUUCGCUCUAGGACGAGGACGUGGAGAAGCGUGAAACUUGCGCGACGAGAGUCUCAGCGCGCUCUCGCCGGAUCCACGCGCUCGUGAUCGCGAUCGUGACGUGGUGGGCGGACGCGGAGCGUGAACGCGCGCGAGGAUGAAGGGACCGUCCCUCGAGCCGCAGAACUAGGUGCGUUGUCGCGCGAGUGAGCCGCGGACGGUGUCGAGAGCCUCGCGCGAAUCCGGUCGCAGCGAGCGGGCUGCAACGAGCGCGGAAGAGAAGCACGCUUUGUUGAGUGAACGCACGCGCGCACACGUUCGAGAGAGCGGGAGAGCGAGAGAGAGAGAGAGGAUCAAGUGGACGCGCUUCAUCACUUCCGUAAACAGUCCGACGAGCGAGGGUUAGUGAACGUGUCGACGCGAGUGCGGAUCGCGAUCGAGUGCGAAUCGGUAUCUUCAGUGGAAGUAGUUCGCGCUAAGAGUGCUUGAUCGAACGAAAGCAGGGGGUGGUUCAGAGCGGAGCCGACGCUCGGAGUCGCUCGAGGUGAUCGUGCGGGAUAAUCCCUCGGUCGCGAGGGGGUUCAUGUGCACCGAAGACUGACGCGAGCUCCUCGUAGGUAGGUAAGAGCGAGGUGCGCGCUGUAAGUGAAAACAGACCAUCCGAGCCGGAAGCGCUACUCGGACUUCGGCAACCAAGUGUGCUAUCAAUCUUUUUCUUCUUCUCUUUCUCUCUCUCUCUCUCUCUCUCUUGUUGAUUUUCUUUUCUUUCGAUCCUCGGAAGCUCGCACGAUCGGAACACACAAUGCCCUGGCUCGGAGAACCGAACUGAUCGUUACCUCGAUCGAGCUGGCGCGCCCUCCGGGGCCUUUCCUUCGUCGGUGUUGAUAUCGAACUUGACGAAUAGAGAGACGUGCGAUAUGAGACAUGAGAUGCGACGGGAUUCUAUGACGGAGAUCUGUCAGAGCGCUCAGCCCAGCCCGAUGCAGAUCAGCUUGGUGCCGAUCGGCCGCGACUCGUUGAGCUUACUCGUGACCUUGGCGAUAUCGUGCGCGACCUUGGACCCCGUGUGCCAGGUGACGCUCGCGUCGUAGCACGCGUCCGAAACGUGGAAAAGCCGUCGCUCUCGAAACAGCCCGAUUCGGUUCGCCGGGGGUACGUCGGAGGGAGGCGGGAGAACGAGGAGACUGAAGAGGAGGACGAGAAGAAGAAGAAGGAGGAGGAGGCGGAGGUGGCAGAGACGAAGGAGGGCUGAUAGCGCCAAGGAGGAGGAAAAGAGCUUCCUCCUUGACGCGUUGGUGCGGACGAAGGGGGCGCGAGAACGUGUGUUUGUAAUUCGGCGUGGCUGCCUUCGAGAAUGAGCGACGGCGGUCAUGCCGUGUAAUUCGAAGGUGUACCACGCUACCGUCGCAUCGUGCACGAUCGUCGCCGUGCUGGUCCUCCUCGUCGUCGUCCUCGUCGUGGUCAAGCUGUUGAGACGCGGCAAAGUGCCAUCGCCGGAAAGAUGAGUUCGAUCGACUUCGACGAGGUGCUGGUACACGUGGGAGAGAAAGGCCGAUAUCAGAACAUCAUGUACUACUUGCUGUGCAUACCCGCCACCCUGCCGGCCGCCUUCUUGGCGUUCUCGCAGGUGUUCGUGAGUGCCUCGCCGGAACACUGGUGCAGGAUACCGGAGCUGGAGAAUCUGACGGAUUUGAUGUCUUUGGAGGACAGAAAGGCUCUGUCGCUGCCAUACUCGGUCAAGUCUGACGGCAGGAGAGUUUACUCCAAGUGUCAAAUGUAUGACGUGAAUUAUACGGAGAUCAUCGACUCGUGGUUGCAGCGUGCCAGUCUGCAUAACGCCACCGAUGAUGACACUUUCACGUCUACCACGUCUUCGUCGUUUCAUCCGACGACUCGAUUGCCGUCGCCGCCGGUCAGUAGCCCCGAUUGGCCGGUCAGCGAGUGUCGAUACGGUUGGAACUACGACACCAGGGAUUACGAUAGCACCCUUGUGACCGAGCUAGACCUGGUAUGUGACAACAGCUGGUGGCCUUCCACGUCGACUACGUUCUUUUACGUCGGUAGUCUCUUCGGGAACGUUGUGUUCGGAUGGAUCGCCGACAAAUGGGGCAGAAGGACGGCUUUCUUCGCCAUCCUGUUCCUCGAGGUGAUAUUCUCCAUCGCCACGAGCUUCAGUCCGAACUACGUGAUCUACACUGCACUGAGGACUGUGAAUGGUCUCUUUUUUCCUGCCAUUUACCAGAUACCUUUCAUAUUAGCUCUCGAGCUGAUGGGACCGAGAUACCGGACAUUUGCCGGCAUGGUAAUCUGCAUGUUUUUUGCCUCGGCGAUGUCUCUUCUAGCAUUGUUGGGUUAUUUGUUAAGGCACUGGUACACCCUAUCGUUAGCCACGUCGGUGCCGUUUAUUCUUCUCUUCAGUUAUUACUGGAUCAUCCCCGAGUCACCGCGGUGGCUUCUCAGUAAAAACAGAAUAGACGAAGCGGAGGUAAUUGUCCAACACAUGGCGAAAGUCAACGGCAGGACAGUGCCCACGAAUUUUCUCAGGAAGAUGGAGGUGGAAAUAUUAAAAAGACAAGGAAUAUCGUGUAACGGUAAGAACACCAACGACAGUAACAUCGAAGUGGAGGGCGAGGAGAGAGCGCCGCCGAUGUCUGCGACGCCCAUGGACCUGAUCACGAAUCCGAACAUCAGGAAGAAGUUUUUUAUUCUUGCCUUCGAUUGGGUGGCGAAUGCGGUGGUGUAUAAUGGUCUGUCCUAUAACACGACCAAUCUGGGUGUCUCCGAUUAUCUAGCCUUCUUUAUCGGCGGCAUCGUAGAGAUUCCAUCUUAUGUUCUCACGUGGUACGCGAUGGAUCGCUUGGGCAGGAGAUGGGUACUGUGUUUGACCAUGCUGUUGGGAGGACUCGCUUGCGUAUCCUGCAUGUUCGUGCCCGAAGACGCGGUCUGGGUAACGGUAUGUCUGGCGAUGAUCGGAAAGUUCGGCAUCGCUGCAUCCUUCGCCGUCUUCUACGUCUUUGUGGGAGAGUUGUUGCCCACUGUACUGAGAUCCCAAGCGAUGGGCAUAGCCUCGUUUAUCGCCGGCAUCGGCCUCCUUACCUUUCCCUACAUCGUUCACCUAGCAGUCUACUCGAGGGUCCUUCCGUUGAUCGUGAUGGGAUCGCUGAGCGUUGCCGGUGCACUCACGUCCGUAUUCCUCCCGGAGACGCUCAAUAUACACUUGCCACAGACGAUCGAAGAGGGUGAGCUCUUCGGGGCUGACUUCAAACUGUGGUCCUGCCCAACAAUACCGAGGAGAGGUACAGGCAGGACCGAGACCGUGCCACUGAGGUUUGUGAACGGCAAACCGGGCAGUCGCUCGUCUACCUCGAAGGUCGCGACACAGGAAGCCGCGACUACGCCGGAAGGCGAAAAGCCAGCUGCCGUGCUGCCUUCGAAAGAAGAAGAAGGGGCGAAGAACUUAAGUACAUCCAAAGAGGAGCUGACGGACGAGACCUUCGUCGAGACCGUCGUCGAGCCGAAGAUGUCCAGCGCGGUAGUGGAGGUGAACGUGUGCCUCCAGAAGUCGCAAUGA